CUUCUUCAUUCCUACAAGACGUGAGUAACAUUCUCAGUCGCUACGCUUUUGGACUUUGUUUCGUAUCUUGCGCGACCUCGGGAAAAUGAGGGACCCCAACUUCUCUCACAAGCACAUGAGUGCGCCGGAUCGAUUGCCAACGCGUGAGCUGUUGUCGAAUAGCGGAACGCCUCCUGGUCAAAAUGAGGCGUCCCCAAGAGGCGGAGAAAUCAACGAGAGGAUUGCCGACCGUAUCGUGCGAGUGCAAUGGGACUUGACCAACUUGAAGGAUUUCUGGAAAGUCCACAGCUCUCCUCAUCGCUCUGAAAGACUAAAUGAGUAUUUGGAUGCCGAGCUUAAGGUUCUUGAAUGGAUGCCAUUCCAAGCCUACGACCAAAAUGAAAGGGUUGAUUAUUUGCUGCUCAAGAACUUCCUUCGCAAUCAGCUCAGCGAAGUGCACAGGGACGCUGAAUUGGAUUCUAAAGCUCUAGCUUUCUUGGGCGGAUUCUUCCCAUUGUGGAUGGCGAAUAUGAUUGAGGCAAGGCAGAGGGUCGAUGACCUCGACCAGAAGAAAGCAGCGGAGUCGCUUGUGCAUUGCACGAGGCUCGUUAUUCUGGUCACAGAGUUGAUCGCGAACAAGAGAGAGACAGCUGAGCCAGUAGUUGCGUUCAGAGCUACCAAGAACUUGGAGGAAUUCAAAGUUCAUUGGCAGGAAUGGUAUAAUUUCUAUGACGGAUACGACCCUUUAUUCUCGUACUGGAUAUCUGAGCCUUAUCCCAAGCUACAGAAAUCCUUGCAAGGUCUCAUUGACACCAUCAAGAAGGUUUGCCUCGGCUUGGAUACUGAGGAUGAAGACACCAUUGUUGGAGAGCCAAUAGGUCGAAGUGGAAUACUGAAAGCCCUCGACACUGAAGUGAUUCCAUACACGCCGGAAGAGCUCAUCACGAUUGCCUGGAAGGAAUAUGCCUGGUGCGAAUCAGAGAUGCAAAAGGCUUCUGAUGCACUAGGCUUUCAGCACUGGCGCAACGGCUUAGAAUAUGUAAAGAAUCUUUACGUUGAGCCUGGAAAGCAACCCUCGCUUGUUAGAGAUCUUACGAGAGAAGCAACCGCAUAUGUACGGAAGCACGACAGUGUCACUGUACCUCCAGUAUGUGCAGAGACCAUACAGACGUUCAUGAUGAGUCCCAAAGCGCAGAAGAUGAAUCCUUUUUUCUUGGGUGGCGAUGAGAUCAUUGUCUCGUAUCCGACCCAGACUAUGAACCACGAGCAGAAGCUGAUGAGCCUUCGGGGGAACAACGUGCACUUUUCACGUGCAACAGUAUUCCACGAAAUGAUUCCUGGCCACCACCUUCACAUGCACUAUAUGGCGCGCCAUCGUCCUUACCGCCAAAUCUUCCAGACGCCCUUCUGCAUCGAAGGAUGGGCAUUUUACUGGGAGAUGGUGCUAUGGGAUUCUCCUUCGUGGACGAAGACUCCAGAGAACCGCAUUGGGAUGCUGUUCUGGCGUAUGCAUCGAUGCGCGCGCAUCAUCUUCUCGCUGAAGUAUCACCUUGGUGAAAUGACCGCACAGGAAUGCGUGGAGUUGUUAAUUGAUAUGGUGGGCCACGAAAGAGCGACAGCCGAAGGUGAGGUUAGAAGAAGUGUGAUGGGAGAUUAUGGUCCACUGUACCAGGCGGGAUACAUGUUGGGUGGAUUGCAGAUUUAUGCUUUGCGAAAAGAGGUCGUGGAGAACGGGGACUGGUCAGAGAAAGAGUUCCAUGACACAUUCCUAACGGCAAACCAACUCAACAUCGAGUUGUUCCGCGCUCUCAUACUCGGUAAAGAUCUUGACAAGGACUACAAGAGCCAGUGGAGGUUUUAUAAGGACAUCAAGCGGCACUGAGGUGAACUAGCCAUCAUCGACCCAUACGCAAGCCGUGUUGAUGAUUGUUUUAGUGGGUCUUACGAUGAAGUUUGAAUUUUGAACCUGUCUAUUGUAGGGUGACUACGAACAGAAUUACAAGUUGGCCUUCCCCAGCCGUUUCCCGCUCUGGUCGAAGUGGAUCUGCCUCUUAGUCACUAACGCUUCCUGCAACCAGCUACCAAUCUGCACCGCUUUUACUGCAUUCUCGAUUGGCAUGGGCAACGGCGUGUCGUCGAGACAGGCCGCAGCAAAGUCGUUAGCCUCCUUUACGAAAGCCAUCUCAAACCGCCCAUAGUAGUGUGCCGGGACUUCCUUUGUGAUACCCUUCCCACUGUACGUCUGUACCAAGUUGAUCUGUGGGUUGAGGUUCACGCUGAGCUUGCCCUCAGUGCCGAUGACUUCCGUAACGUCCUCUUGGC